AUAGGUGUGAAUGUCUUGGCGUUUGCACUGCCUCCCUUCGCCUGGCGUAUUCAAACGCAGUACGGAGUAACUCAGGGUGACGCCGGAAAGGACACGGAGGGCCGUGGCUUUUGUGUCGAUUUUCGUGGCCUUUCCGGCCUGAUGUUGCCGCUUUACGGUGACACCCAUGAUGGUUUUCAACUUUUCCAAUAUUGGCUAGAGCAAUAUAUACCCUUGUUCAUAGCGCCUGAGAAGUAUGUACAGGCAUCAGUCGGCGCUUCCAUCGUGAGUCUCAUCUGUUUAAGCAGGUAUAUAACCAGGCAUAUGGGAGUCUGGUAA